AUCGAAUCCAUGUGUUCCAUCGUCAUGUCUGUGAUCGGCGAAAGAAUCGAAUCAUGCAAGUGUUGGGUUCAUGCAAGAACCUUCCCAUUGCCGAGUAUGCCAGGCUUACGUCUCAGACUCGGCGAGUCGGACUCUUGCAACCAGAAUGUUGUUCCCACCAGAGUGGAGAAGAUUCAGGCUAUACAAGUCCUUCCGCUUGCGACCAGUCGUGUGCUUCGUGGGCAAGGCAAGACUUGGGUCGAACCAGGAGUUUGAGUGUUGUAAAGCUUGGUUUGUGAGCAGAACAUGGUUCACUAGAGCUACCUGUCCACCCUUCCUUACCGCGCAAUGGCUCUCCCAGCGGAGGCCCUGAAGAGGUUUUCUCUAUGUCCUUUUUUCUAUAUAUUGUCGUGCCCAUCACGAUUGCCGUCUUUGCUUUCUAGCCCCUCUCACAUUGGCAGGUCAUCAUGGCAAUGGAGAUUUCAUAUUUCUACCUUGCCCUCACUGUUUUCGGGUACAGCCCGGCAUCGGACUGUGUGAAUGGAAUCAGGACAGACCUUUCGAAGUUCAAUUUCGCCGGCGGUACUCCGGGAGAUGAUUGGGGCAACGUCUGCACCAACAACCUUAGCGUCCAUUCCAUGUGGGCAGCAGCAAGGCUUUACUGUACUCCAAAAGAGAUUGCAGUUGGGGCGAAGUUGCUUGGAGUUUUCUGCCAGGAGUUUGGACAAGUCAAGCUCUUGCCAUACCAGGAGGUCCUCCCUCAUCUCACUGAAGACUACGUUUCCAGCCUGCCGAACGUGGGAUUCAACGAUAUCAAUGAGACCAAAACAUGGGAUCAUCCUGUCCUUAUCUCCAAGGAUUUCUUCGACGCCGGAUUGCGGACAACGAGCAUCUUCCACAGGCAAGGCAUACUCAACCAACCACUGAGCUGGGCAAUCUAUGCAUUCUGGGGUGGCAUCUUGUUGAUAGGCAUUAUCGCUCGUGUUGUGACAUAUUUCUCUUCAACCAGGCUGGCCACGCCAAGUGCAGAUAUCGAGGAUCACGCGAAGUAUGCGUCUGCUGGUGGGGGAUCGCAUUGGAGCUUCGCCCGCUACUGGACCCGAAGAACCUUGAUCAUACCAACCGCGUUCGGACUGCAUGGUCAACGUUACUGGCGGUUAAUUACAGUCCCAACCCGACUCGAAGCGCUCGUCGUUGCUGCCUUUUACCUCCUAGUUCUUAUCAUCUGUUGUGUCUCCUACGAAAUCUUCUGGCCGAAUCUUUUCUUUACCGAAGCUAUGCAGACGUGGAGGUACAUUGCAGACAGGACUGGACAAGUCUGCAUCGCUACCUUGCCGUUCUUGUGGAUGUUUGCGGGCAGGAACAAUAUCUGGCUAUGGUUGACAGGCUGGAAGUAUUCGACUUUCAGCAUAUUCCACCGUCAUAUCGCACGAGUCGCCACAAUCACAGCGAUAGUCCAUGCCACUUCUCACACCGUACUGGCCGUGGAUAAGGGCAUAUUGGCUGAGUCCUGGAGCGAGCAGUACUUCCACAUGGGCGGCAUGGCUGUCGCAUCGAUGGGGCUGUUGGUGCUCUUCUCGUCAAUGUGGUUCCGAAAGAAAUGCUAUGAGUUUUUCCUGCUGGUGCAUAUCGCCCUCGCAGUGAUUGUUGUGGUUGCACUCUUCUAUCACAUCAAGCCAUUCGAGGGCGAGUAUGAACCCUAUCUCUGGCCGAUUGUCGCCAUCUGGAGCUUUGAUCGAUUCGCUCGGUUUGUCCGUUUGGUAUAUUGCAACCUCCAUGUCAGACUAUCGGGCAGGCCUGCCACUACCAGCACGACCGCUACCUACCUCAAGGACGGCGACGUGAUCCGUCUGGAGGUGAGUCCUGGAUCACGUAUGCUCAAACCUGGGCCUGGCCAGCAUUAUUUCAUUUACCAACCCGCGACAUGGAAAACUUGGGAAAACCAUCCGUUCACCCUGGCCGCUUGGCAUCCUACCCAUGCUAACGCCAAGUCACCUAAGAUAUCCAUCUCAAGCAUGGAUACGACUCUGUUGAGAAAAGCAGUGGAAGUGGAGGAGAUGCCGCCAAAUUCACCCACCGGUUCGUCGUCUUCCCGGACUAGCAGCUCGAGCCCCUUGGAAAAGCAACAUGCUGUGGACGAGCAUGAUGCCAAAUACAAGCUGGUGUUCUUUGUACGGCCAUACAGUGGCUGGACAAAGCGGCUCAAGGCGGAGUGCCUGAAAUCCUCGUCCGGAUCAGUCAACCCUAAGGUCUUGAUUGAAGGCCCAUAUGGUGGAUGCAAGCCACUACACCUGUACGAGAACGUUGUCUUCAUAGUUGGUGGGACAGGGCUCUCAGGUGCUUUGCCAUAUCUUCUGGAUCAUGUUAGCAGAACAUCGGAGGGUGUCUCGACACGCACUCGAGACAUCACCUUCAUUUGGACAACCAAACAAGCCUCCCUGAUCUGGGAUGUCGCGGCUCGAGAAUUGCAGCCUCUCCUCGACAGAGAUGAUGUGCGUAUGCACUUCCAUGCAACAUCCGACCACGAGAACAACGUCGAGAAGACAGACGAGAUCUCUCCUCGACUGAGUAUUUCUCGCGGUCGACCGGAUGUUAGACAUCAUAUCCUAACCUUGGCUGAGGAGAUUCAUGCCGCUGGGUCGAAGGGUGGAAAGGUGGCGAUCUUGGCUUGCGGUCCGGCUGGCGUAGCUGCGGAUGCCAGACAUGCUGUUCAUGAAGCGCUGAAGAACGGACAACGCAACAUAGAGUAUUUUGAGGAGACUUUUGGAUGGUAGAUUGAUACGAUAGAUGGAAACAGGGGAUCCAGGUGCCGUGGCAUGGACAUGAAUGGUGAUGGAUCGCCUAUGAAUGAAUGAUGAAUUUAUAGAAUCAUCUGCGAAUCUGCGACCACUGAUUGCUGGCUGUCGGGUAACGCACUAGAUAGUUGUACCUGAACACUUUCGAAAAUCACGCUUGCUAGAUAUUUACGUCGCUCGUGCGAUUUCCCAUGGCGAUAUGUAGAGAUGCAAUUUGACGCCGACCAUGACUGGGCUGUUUCUAUCGACAUGAUGAUGGGUUGUCGUGGACUACCUUGCUCACUGAUAGCUGCGCCGUACGAGCUUGCUGAAAAUCCUCUCAGGGGUUCUAGUGUUCGACCGAGCGCAGCCUUGCGACGUGUCUCCACCAAUCAUGGCAUUC